UCAAAUUCAAAUCGUUAUAUGACAAAAACACUUCACAAUGGGUAAGAUUAGUUUGUCUCCGCUGAUCACCCAAUCGCUCAUCGAACAUGAAAAUAAGUGCGAAACUCGUCUCAGUAAAUUCGUGGUAACUCUAGUCGAUUUUGAAGAGCACGUAGAAGAGGAGGAUGAAUUACUCAAGCAGCGUCAUUCAAUGUGGUUCAAUUCAGCCGAAAAAGAGGAAAACACUCUGAUUGCCUUUGAACCGUCGGGAGUAAAGCCGCGUCCGCCCAAAAUUGCAACAUGGUAUUUCGCUAAUGAGGACAAAAUGCGAAUGUUAAUGGAAUUGAAGAACAAAAACGAUGUCAAAACCGAAAUCAAAAACUCAACACCGAAUUAUUUAAAAGGCAUAGGAAGAGCAAUGUUUAUAGAAUUGAUGAUGAACGUUUAUAAAUUUUGCAAAAAGAAUAAAUUCAGUUUGGAUCAAUCUGGAGCCAUUAUGUCACUUUUCUAUUGCGUUCAUCAGUUUUUAAGUCAUCACCCUGAAGUGCAUGCUGUGGAUGUUUACACCUAUUUUAAAAAUAUGUGCUUUUGUCAUUGCUUACAUUAUGCACCGUCAAAUGUGAAACUGUUUAAUCAUGUCGAGGCCCGAGAAUUAAUGAUGUUCUUUAGUAAAUUGUAUUUGAGAAAUUUACCUUUGAUUAGAUAUCUGUGUCUUCCAAACUACGCGUUCACAUUCACUUAUGAAAUAGAACCAGAUCCUCCAAUACUUAAAAAGAAGAAAGCUGCAAAAAAAGGCAAGAAGGGUAAAAAAGGAAAGAAGAAGUAACUUUAGUAACACUUUAUUAUACCUUAUAUUAUUAUUAUUAAACUAAGUUUUAGUUUA